CAAAUUAUUCAGUCUUAUUUCAUUCACUCAUCAAAAUACUUGAUAUAAAUUGCGUACUAGUUUCGAGAGCAAUUUGGAUAAAGUCUUGAAGGAUAUUUUUAUACCGAGUUAAAAUUAUAGUAGAGUAUUAAAAACACCAACCUGUUCUGAUUUACCAAACGAUUUUGUGUUGUUAUUUUCAAAUUCUUCAAAUAAAAAUGGAGGAAAAAAUGCGACGCGAAUCGAAACAAUAUGUAGAGAAAUUAUUUAAGCAGUUUGACAAAAUUGGAGCCGGAGCAAUUUACAAAUCCGAUAUGAAGAAAUUGGUAGAAACUGUUGUACCAGAAACACUUGGUGACCCAGAGUUGGAAGCUUUGUUGUUGCAGCAUGUCAAAAGAAAUAAACACACCGUUCUCAAUACCAAGACGAGGCAGAUGGAGAUUGAAUACAUGGAUGACACAAUAGACUUCCCCUCCUGCAUGGCAAUUGCGGUCCAUUUUCUCACAAAAAUCGAACGGAAACAAUCCAAUGCAUUUGCAGGACAAGGGCUUAUUCGUUUCUCUGACUUUGAUAGAAGACCAUCCAUGCUGGUCGACCCCAAUGUUCUCCAAAAGAGACGUCUUUUCUAAUUUAUAUUUUUGCCAGAAGAGGAUGAAUUAUAGCCGUUUAUAUAAUACGUAAAUGGAAUAAAUUAAAAGCGAAAAUUAUUUAUUUAAAUUA